UUGGCAUUGGUCUUAUUCAGGGUUGAUGGCGUUGGCAUCGAUUGAGGGCAUCAGCAUCGAUGUCAGUCUUGAUGUCGAUUGAGGGAAUGGUGUCAACUAGGGUUCGACAGGGGUGAGAGAUCUGAACAUAGUCAAGUGUUCAAAGUUGGGGGGUUUUAAGUUAUAACAAGCUAAACCAUCAUGAUUGUUUGAGCCAUGUCGAUUCCUGGCCAGUUUGGUUUGGUAUACCUUGAGCAUGAAUCGUCCAGUUUGGGGUGGUUCAACAUAUGCUGCAUUAUAACUUAAAAGUACAUAUGAAUUGUACCAUGCCAACAGGUUAUUUAUAAGAUGUGAGGAUGUGUACUUCCAUUAUUCAUGCUAGCUCAUAUUUCUGCAUCAAGAUGAUGCAUUUUGAUACAACCAUAUAUAUAGUGGUAAAAUAUCUAUUUUUUUUCAAAAUUUAUCGGCAUAACCUUUAGAGUAGGCAUGUUAAUAACAAACUAUCAUUAUUUAUGUUGGAUCCAAGGCAUGGAAUUAACAAAGCUCAUCCUAUAGAAGUUUCUUGCAUUAGCAGUUUAUGAGGCUCCCACAACAGCACCUUAGCAGUAUGUGUAUCACAACUACAUUGUGUUUUAAUGAGUAACAAUAUUUCAUAUCUCUUAUCAGAGUUUUGGAGCUCUGUUAUAUUGUUUGUGUCUAAACAUAUUUCUAUAAUGUUAGUUAUAUGUUGGAUUGCUUGAAGCUAUGAAAUACACAUGCUCUAUAUUAGUUAAAAUAGAUUCACAUUAAUUGGUCUUGUGCAAAUAAAUUUAAACUAUAGUUGUUACAGCAUUUCUCUGCACUAAUUAAAGUCUAUUAUAUUAGAUUGAUGGUUUUUAAGAAAAUUAACUUAGUGCAUUUUGGCACGCUAACUUUGUCUUUCUAUGUUGGAGUAUGCUAAGUAAUGAUUGGCUUCAGCAUGAUUUGUAUGUUGUGCAGGUACAUGAUUGCCACAAUUAUGAUGCAAAAUACUUCAAUCCUGGAUCAUAAGACACUUCUGGAUUUAGUUUCAUCCUAGCUUAUGAACUUAGGUGAUAAAAUUGUUGCCUACUUGUUGUGUUAGAUGGAUGGAAAUUAAAAGCAAAUGCAGUUUAUUGUUACCUUAUCAUGAUUUUUUUGGCAUGAAAUAUCUUAUUAAUCUUGAUGUAGUACAUGAAUUAUAUGCCUCAUUAAUCUUGUUGUAUUUUUAAAUUACUGAAUUUGAUAAAACAUUAAAUUUUUAAUUAGAAUGGUCUUGCUGAAACAGUUUGUACUGUGACCUUAAUAAAUGGGCCAUAAACAUAGCUUGAACAAAUAAUAACAGUAAAACUUUACCAUGCGAUGCUCUUCACCUCAUAUUUUUCUUUCGACAUAUUAUCUCAUGCAACCAUAAUGAAAAAUUUUGGACUUAGGCUUUUAACAGGAUAUGUUCUUACUCCAUAUCUACGAUAUAUCUAUUUAACUGACAACUCUUUCAGAGUCUUCUCCAACCGCAUCGCUUGGUAUACAGUCACAAGUUAGCUAUGAAGGGCAAUCAUUAGCUAUGUCUCAUGUGAAUCAGUCUCCAGUGCUGCCACCACUCUUGCCCCAGAAUCAUCAGCACAAAGCCACAUUAGCCACUACACAGGGGUCUGCCAGUCUUUCUCAUACGAUGUCAUCUGUUUCAGGAUUCAGCCGGUCCACUGUGGCUAAUGCUGAUCAGACCUCUCAUUUCCAGAGCAUAUCAAGCGUAUCACAGAACUUUGUUAGUAGUUCUGCAGGGCAAGGUUUAACACCAGAAAGAUAUGCCAAUGGACAAAGGCAGAAUUGGGGUAGGCAACAACAACCACAGGCAUUCAUUUCCCAACAACAUCAACAGCAAUCACAAAACACAUUUGUUUACCAACAUGAGCUUCAGCAGCAAAUUCUGAAACAGAAUGUUUCUCAUCCUUCACUCUUGCAAGCACAGAUCCAACAGCAGCAUCUGCAGCAGCAGCAGCAGAAUUUUUUGCAUCUUAACCAAGUGAAAUCUUCUCAGCAACCUUCAAUGCAAAUGACAUCCAGUCUUCAAUCAGGCCAGUCCAUGGUCCAUCAGAUGCGGCCUACAGUUACACAGUCAGCUUCACAACCCAACCUUCAGAAAAAUCAAAUCCAACAGUGUGUACCAUCUUCACUUAAGCAACAUCCACAGUUAGUUGCAAGACAGAAGAAGCAGGCACAACCUAUUAUACACCAACAAUCAUCUUCACUUCAGCAGGAGUGUACUUCUGUUCCUCAACAAUCUAUCUUGUCGUCAUCACAGAAGCUAAUGGGUCAGCACUCAAGUAUCUCAGAUAUGCAACAUUCCAAGCUACUUGGACAACAAAAUAGUGCCUUGAACAUGAAGCAGCAGCAGAAAAGACUACCAGGCCAGAAAACUAGUUUGAUAAGCAUGCAGCAAGCACAACCAGAGUCGAGUCAACGGAUUAUAUCUUUACAUCAGCAGCAGCAAUUAAGGUCGCAAAGUAACAUUUCCGGACUGAAGCCGCAACUGCAACCACAUCAACAGCAACAGCGGCAGUUGAUAUUUGGAUCCCAUUCUAGUGCCUCAAACAUGCAGCCAAAUGAAUGCACAGUGCCUUCCUCGCAACAAACAAAGGCUGUAACACAGCAACGAAUCCAGCAGCCAACUGUUACAUUCUUACAAUCACAAGGUCGGCUGUCCCAAUACCAGUCAUCUCAACAACAACUGAUGCCUCAGGUUCAGUCUCAGCCUCCACGAUUGCAUCAACAGUUGGCUAUGCAUCAGCAGCCAAAUUUGUUACAACAAGAGAUGCAACAAAGGCCUCAAUCUUCAGGCGCACUGCUUCAACCUCAAAAUUUGAUUGAAGAGCAGAGACCAUAUAUUCAGUCACAAAGAGGGCUUCCAGAGGCAACAUCUAAUACAUUGGUGGAUUCUACAGCACAGAUUGGAAAUGCAGAUGUCGUUGAUCGGCAAGAGGAAAUCUAUCAAGAGAUAAUGUCCUGGAAGAAGUACUCUACAGAGCUCAAUGAAUUCAAUGGAAGGAUUACUCUGAAGAUCGCGCAGUUUCAUGUAUUAUAUCUGUUGACCCAUAAAGCUUUAGAUUUCCCUACAAGUUAAAUAGAAGAAAUGUUUGAAAAUCUAGUUUUUUUCUGCUAAUCAAUCUUGUCUUCCCCCUUUCCCCCCUUAUUUCUACAGCAUGAAGGUGUCAAUGCAGCAACA